CAUUGUUUCCUAGGUGAGUACUAAUUCACCAAUAACCAUUCUUCCUCCACCUGUCUUUCAAAACUUACUUUUCUUGCACAAAAAUCUCAACCACAUCACAAUUCUCAUUCUUCCAAUUCAAUCCAAUUUUCUUUCCUUUUCCUUUUCCACAAGAUUUUGAUUCUGAUCUCCCAUGGCUUCUCGCCGCCGUAUGUUGUUAAAAGUCAUAAUCCUCGGAGAUAGUGGGGUUGGUAAAACAUCAUUGAUGAAUCAGUAUGUGAAUCGAAAAUUUAGUAAUCAGUAUAAGGCUACCAUUGGUGCUGAUUUUCUCACCAAGGAAGUUCAAUUUGAAGAUAGGUUGUUCACAUUGCAGAUUUGGGAUACUGCUGGUCAAGAGCGGUUUCAGAGUCUUGGUGUGGCUUUCUACCGUGGUGCUGAUUGUUGCGUCCUAGUUUAUGAUGUUAAUGUCCUGAAAUCUUUUGAAAACCUUAACCAUUGGAGAGAAGAAUUUCUCAUUCAGGCUAGUCCAUCUGACCCCGAAAACUUCCCGUUUGUUGUCUUGGGAAACAAAAUUGAUGUUGAUGGUGGGAACAGCAGAGUUAUUUCUGAGAAGAAAGCAAAGGCAUGGUGUGCUUCAAAGGGAAACAUACCAUACUUUGAGACCUCUGCAAAAGAAGGAUUUAAUGUUGAAGCUGCUUUCCAGUGUAUAGCUAAAAAUGCACUCAAGAAUGAACCUGAAGAAGAAAUGUAUCUGCCCGACACAAUCGAUGUGGGCAAUGGUGGCCGACAACAAAGAUCUACUGGCUGUGAAUGUUGAGUAGAGAGAGUUCUGUGAUUGUUUGAUGCGAACAAAUUGUCCCUCGAUGAUUAUGAGCCAGCAGCUAUUUUUAUUAGCAAUGGUAAAACCAAGGAAUGUUUUGUAUCUCAGUAGUGUGGGUUAGAUGUUCAUCUUGUUAAAUUUUUUCUGGUUAUUUGUCUUGAUCUCGAUUGUUUGUCAAAAUAUAUUCUGAAUGAGGAAAUGUAUACUGGUGAAUUUAUUGUUGUGUGCUUUUGGGAGUUAUUGCAUUGAUGUUCAUAAUUUUUUGGCUUUGGAUUAACAAUGUGAAUCCAUCAUUAGAUUU